CCCCAAAUCAGCUGCUUGAUGUAAACAAACCUCUUACCCAAACAAACGAGUCGCACAUAGCUGAAGGAAUAUAACUAGAACAAUUGACAAUGCUGUUACUGCAACACCAUAAAGCAGCACGAAGGAUCAUAAGCAGCUCAGUGCGUUUAGUGUCCACUGGCUCUCGAGAAUCAAAGUAUGCUGCACAUCAACUUAAAAAAGAUCAACAGAAUUCUGCAUCAAACCAAGAAGAAUUGAAAACAAGAUUGCGCAUCCAGUUUUCUCGUGCCAGACUUGGAUAUUUUACACAGACACCACCUCACCAAGAAAACCUGUUCACCAACAAUGCAUUUCUCACUUCAUACCUCACCAGAGUUCUUCCAAAUGAGGUACGAGCUGAAAUAUGGGACGACUUAGAGCGUUUUGGUAAGAGGGCUGUGACAGAGAUUUAUCCGCUGGGGAGAGAAUGCGAGCGUAAUCAGCCUUUUGUUCGUACUUUUAAUGCCUGGGGCAACAGAGUGGAUGAUUUAGUGACUUGCCAGGCAUGGAAAGACCUCAAGAAGAUUUCAGCUGAAGAGGGUCUUAUUGCGACUGCCUAUGAAGGGAAAUUUGCCGAGUAUGACCGCCUCUAUCAGAUGAUCAAGCUGUAUCUCUUUGCUCCUGUAUCAGGACUCUACUCCUGCCCUCUUGCCAUGACAGAUGGAGCUGCAAAAACUGCUAAAACAACUGGCUCUCCUCACAUGAAGAAGGCCUACCAGCAUUUAACCUCACGUGACCCAAGCAAGUUUUGGACCUCGGGUCAGUGGAUGACUGAAAAAAGAGGUGGCUCAGAUGUAAGUGGAUCAACGGAAACAGUCGCGGUAGAGGAAGCCAAUGGAUCACAUCAGCUCUUCGGCUACAAGUGGUUCAGCUCAGCCACAGACUCUGACAUGACCCUGACCCUUGCCAACAUCAUUUCAGAAGAGGAACCUGAGCCUAAACCACGGGGACUUACUAUGUUUUACAUGGAAACAAGGAAGGAUGAUGGUUCAUUAAAUAACAUUGAGAUUGUAAAACUGAAAGAUAAGCUAGGUACUCGACAGCUGCCAACAGCUGAGCUUUUGCUUGAUGGCUCUGUGGCCUAUCAGGUGUCUGAAGAAGGUCGUGGUAUUGCUUCCAUUGCUAAUAUGCUGACCAUUACACGCCUUCAUAAUGCAAUAUCCGCCUGUGCAGCCAUGAGGAGGGUUCUGCAGCUGGCUCGAGAUUACAGUCAGCGGCGUUCAGCUUUUGGAAAGGUGGUCGAGUCUCACACUUUGCACCAGCUAACAGCAUCGAGGAUGGAGGUCAUUACAAGAGGCUGUGAAAUCCUUACCUAUGAGGUUGCAAGAAUUCUUGGAAGAGAGGAAGCAGGUGUAGCAUCAAAGGAAGACAGCUUAGUGCUCCGCCUCAUGACGCCCAUCAUGAAGCUCUUCACUGCGAAAAUGGCCAUGAGCGUGGUGUCAGAGGGGCUUGAGUGCUUUGGGGGCCAGGGCUACAUUGAGGAUACUGGGCUCCCUGUCCAUCUACGGGAUGCUCAGGUUUUACCAAUAUGGGAAGGAACGACAAACAUCAUGUCCCUUGACUUUCUCCGAGCAGUAGUGAAGACAGAGGGUCAGGCUCUCACUGCUUUGUAUAAGGAUGUUAAAGGUCGUGUGGAAGAGGUCAAGGGAGGCCAGAAUAGAGCACUAGAGGACUCCUGUGACAAGGUUACUCAAGCAAUAGAGCAAUUAGUCAACUUUCUCCAGAGGUGUCCAGAGCUGGUGCAGCCUGCAGCCCGAGAUGUUGCAACAUCAAUUGCACACAUCUACAUAGGGAGUCUCCUCCUCGAGCAUGCAGCUUGGGACAAGGGCAGUAUAAGUGAGGAGGUGGCAAAGAGAUGGUGUGCACAACCCCUGUUCUGCGUCACUCCUGCAGAAUACACUGCUGACAACCAGUCUAUUGUCAUGGAUGGCUACAAUGCAGAUGAAGUUUAUGGUCCCAUGUUCUAAGAAGUGGACUUUGAUAUGUAUAUGAUUAGGUUUAUUUUUUUCAUCAUUGAUGAAUUGAUGUGAUUUGCCUUUUGGAAAAUAUAUUUUAAAGAUUGUUAAUUAGAGUAUAGAAUUGAUUUGAAGUUCAGAGUACAAGUUGUUGGGGAAAGCUAUAAAAAUAGUAUUUUUAAGUAUAUAUAAUGUAUUUUGAUUAUAGGCAAAAGGGAUAGUGAAGGGAAUACUGUAAAACAAAAUAUAUAUAUAGAUUUUCUUCAAGAAACAGCAGUGUAAACAUUUUAGUUAUUGUUUUUGAGCAAUUUUUUAUGAUAUCUGUAGUUUAACCCACUGUCACUGGGAAAAUGAAGUUCACUACACUAUUGUUUUAUGAAAUGUCUCAGCAUAUUUGUGGGUAUAUGAGUGCUUAGUCACAAAGGAGUCAAUUGGUAGAUCCUAUGACCUCGCCUGAUUUAACCUUUCCUUGAGUUCGAGAGAAAAAUGUUUUUAUUUUACUAAUGCUAUCUUUAUCUAUGUUGUUGUUAUUAUUAUAGACAUGAUAAUUAUUGUAGUUGUAUUGACAUUACCAACAGCAAUAUAAGAUACCAGAAAAUAUUUUAGAAAAUUAAGGCAAAGGGUAUACAGGUGAGAUAGGUAGUAUUUGUUAUUGGCUCAGUGGUGACUUAGUACUUGUGAAGAUAUCUAUGUGUAAAGACAAUUAAUUAAUUAGUGGCAAAAUCAAAACAUUGGCAUUUUUAGAAAACAAAGGAAACAAACAUCUUAUGGAAAAUUCUACGGUCAAACAUCUCCAUCAGUGUUGCCUGAGCUGAAGUAUGUUAUUGGAUAAUUUCUGUUAAAUAAACUGGUAAUUCAGGGUGGAUGCAACAAGUGAUUGAUUCGUCUUUUGUGCCCAAAAGUCCAAAAAGAGAAAAACGUGUAUCUUACAUAUUGGUGCUAUAUAUUAUAGAAUAUAUAUUUUUACGUAGAUGAAUGAAUAAAUUAUAUCUCAUA